AUAUUAAAUAUGUCUUAGGAUCAAUUCGUUUAAGAAGAAAUAUUUUUUUAGUUAAUAAUCUUACUUAAUUAUUUUUAUUUUAAUAUAUUAAGAAACUGUCUCCCACAAUAUAGAUUCCGACAAUUUUGGGCGGCAAAAAUAUCCAUCUUUCUUGAGAAUGUCCAAACACAAGAACGAUGUCCCAAAUGUCAUUUUCUCACCAAAGACAAAAUCCCAAAGGAAUAAAAAUUGAAUCUUGCAGCAUCAUGCUUUCAUCACCUCGUUAUAGCCGGCAACUAUGCAAAUUAACAAUUCAAACGACAGCACUUUACCUCAAAGGAAUCCACUGUGUCGACAAACUGGCAGAAUGAGACUUCGUUUUAACUAUGAUUUUGACACCACAAACAUCAUAGAGAAUGUAGAAAUAUCCUUAGAAGGAUUGGUAUAAAUAUGCAGUGUGAGAAGAGGAUAAUGGUAAUAGCCACCAUGGAGGAAGAAUCACUGCAAAAUUCUCUGCUCUUUGAUAAGAAGAGCGGCUUCGAUUCACAAACUGGAAUCUAUCAUUCCUUGGUUCGUCUCGACGAAGACCAAAAGAUCCCAACUCAGCCUAAUCUCGACAUAGCCACGCACGUGCUGUCUCAUUUCCCCCCACCGGAGGAGGCUGAGAGGCGCGUUGCGCUCAUCGACUCGGCAACGGACCAACGUGUCACCUACGCCCAGCUCCACCGCUCCAUCACCUGCCUUGCUGCUGGUUUGCAUCAUGGGCUCGGGGUGAAGAAGGGCGACGUGGUGUUCAUCUUGUCGCCCAACUCGCUGCUGUAUCCAGUCAUGUGCCUUGCUGCGCUCUACAUCGGAGCAGUGAUCACCACUGCUAAUCCAAUCAAUACCGAAGCGGAGAUCAUCAAGCAAGUACGUGAUUCGGGUGCCACGCUAGCCAUUUCUGCACCCUCGGAGAUGUCCAAGCUUUCUUCGACUGGAGUGCCCGUUCUCCUUACUACGGGUGGUGGAGAAGGCGGUCAUCUUUCUGUUGAGGAGCUGAUCGAGAAGUGUGAAUCUUUGGAGAUUACAGAGGCGAAGCCAAAUCAGUCGGAGACAGCAGCGAUUCUGUACUCUUCGGGGACUACUGGAACCAGCAAAGGAGUAGUGUUAACUCAUUCCAACUUCAUCUCAGUUGUGACAAUGAUGAAAUGGUCUGUCCAAGUAUCCAAGGCCAACGAUGAUGUGAUCCUAUGCUUCAUACCUAUUUUCCACAUCUAUGGCCUAGCAUUUUUCGCGCUAGGACUGUUCAGCACGGGCAACACGGUCGUUCUAAUGAAAAGAUACGAUUUCCAAGCUAUGCUUGAAGCUAUUCAGAAAUACAAGGUGAAUAACAUACCUGCUGUUCCUCCAGUGAUUCUUGGCCUGGUUAAGAAUGAUGCAGGAGGGCAUGACCUAUCAUCCUUGCGACGAGUGGGAUCAGGAGCGGCACCCCUGAGCAACGAGGUAGUUGAGACGUUCAGAAAGAAAUUCCCAUGGGUUGAGCUUAGGCCAGGCUACGGAUUGACCGAGAGCUGUGGAGCUACUACUUACUUCGCUACUGAUAAGGAAGCAAAGGCUCGUCCCGCCUCAUCAGCAAGACUGCUUCCGUAUUUUAGUGCCAAGGUGGUCGACUCUGAUACUGGAGUGGCACUACCGCCUUUCAGGGAAGGAGAACUUUGGUUAAAGAGCCCAACUGUGAUGAAAGAAUACUUGAGAAAUGAGGAGGCAACUGCUGCAACUUUUGAUCCAGAAGGGUGGCUCAAAACAGGCGACCUUUGUUACUUUGAUGAUGAAGGAUAUAUUUACAUAGUCGACAGGAUCAAGGAAUUGAUCAAGCACAACGGCUAUCAGGUGGCUCCAGCAGAGUUGGAAGCAAUACUAACAGGCCAUCCAGACAUAACUGAUGCAGCAGUCAUACCACAUGAAGACGAAGCAGCAGGACAAAUACCUGUAGCAUAUGUGGUCAGAGCAGCUUCUGAUAAGUUAACGGAAGAUCAAGUCAUGCAAUUUGUUAAUAGACAGGUAGCACCAUACAAAAAGAUUAGGAGAGUGAGUUUCAUCAGUGCCAUACCGAGGUCUGCUGCUGGCAAAAUUUUGAGGAGGCAAAUGAUAUCACAGAGCAAACAGCAGACACCCUCCAGAUUAUGAAGUAGCUAAGAACCAGCAGUUGGAGGAAUCUUCAUCUGAAUUUUCAAAUGGCACCAUAUUGUUUUCUUUAUAAAUAUCAUGUAAUAAAUGAUUAAUAGACUAUCUCCAAAAUAAUAUGAGACUGCAAUGUCCAAAUCUGCCGAUUCUAGC